CAACACACAUCCUUCCCAAACUUUCCCCCUCCUCCACAGGCGAGCAUGCACCCGCUAACUCAACAGCGCCCGCCUAUGCAUCCUCAUCAAUAUUCAUCCUCUUCAAUUACUUCAUCCACUACCUCAUCCUCGCUACAUACAUCAGCAAGCGAAGACGCUUCCUCCCACUCAUCAGCCUCACCACCAGGCAUGCACCGACCCCAGCUCCCUCUUACCCUCCCUGCCCAAGCUGCAGGGAGAAGACGCUUCUGCUGCGGAACGUGCGGAAAGGACUUUAGCACCUCGGGACAUCUGGCACGACAUAUUCGUGUUCAUACCGGGGAGAGGAAUCAUCCAUGCCCUUUUCCGGGGUGUAACGCCCGCUGCAGCAGGCAGGAUAACCUUGUACAGCAUUUCCGCGUACACAUGCCCCGCGAAGAACGGCGAGCAAAUAGCACCGCUGUCCGUGCGGAACUCCAAAAAUGCCUCCAAUCCGCCGGUUCCCUCACCGCCCCCUCGACAGAGAGCCUCUCUUCGCACGGAGCGACUCCGACGCCUAUGCACCCUCACCCCUCCCAUACCUCCACUCACCCCGUCAACCCGCGACAUCCUACACCCCCUGACGAUGGCUCCCGUUCCCCCUCCCCGAUCGACAGUGUCCCACUCACGUCACCGGGGUUUGAAGACCACGGGCACUGGAUCGACCCUGCCCAAUAUCCGUCAUAUAACAGCUAUGUCCGCGCACCCCACCCCCAGCAUCCGACGAUGCAGCUCCCCCUUCCCGCCCCUUCCUUCCCUUACCAAAUGCCACUCUCCCACCCACAUCAGGCAUAUCAUCAGCAGAUCAGCCCCACCUACCCAAACCCGAUGCAGCAGGGUUACCCGCCCCCGCUCUCCCCUAGUUCGGGGAGCGGGCUGGGAAGCUCGGGAACGUCCAAUUCCCCCUUGACCCCAGGGUGGGGGAAUACGAGCGCGGUAAGGGGCACCCAGCGCCCGCCGCAGGCACCACAGGGACAACAGGGCGCCUCGGCGCCUAUGCAUCCUGGAGUGCAGGGGACGAGUAUCAGAGUGCCCCUUGGACCGGCUAGUGCACCUGCUACGGUGCCCCCGGCUGGACAGGCAGGGCCGGGGCAAGGAGGGGAAUGGCCCUGGUAUGGCUGGAAAGAGGGUGCCUAGGUGCUGGGAAGACAUGAUACGGGUAACGAAGACGUUGCCGCCUGUUUAGCGCUAUGUGAUGCUUUCCCUGGAUGUGGGAAGUACGCUUAGGAGGGGGUGAGUGGGACGCGGGGCUCAAUGUUCGGAUUAUGGGGUCAAUGUUUCUUUCUUUCGGUUCACGAGUCCUUUUUUGUGCUACUUACUACGUGUCUGUUCUAUUCUGUGCUGUGCUGUGUUCUGUUCAAUUCUGUGUUUUGCUCUGCUCCCCCGACGGUUCCACUUCCCUUCGCUCUCUGUUCCAGGUAUGACAACCAAGUACUGUACACCGACCCACCGAGCAAUUUUUCCUCUCUCGUACAUAUGUCUCAUGUUCACCAAGGCUCUCAUGUCUCAUGUUGGUCCAUAGGAGGCGGUUUGAAACGAAAGAGCGGGUGGCAUGGCACGUGGGGGUAAAAGGAUUAGCCUGCCCCUGGGCAAUGGGCAAGGGGUAAUAUAAUCCGUAAUCCAUAAUCUUUUGCCUAGGCCUAUAAUCCCAUAAUUCUC